GUCCUACUAACUGGACCCAUGCUUUUAUUGUAGUUGAAAAAAACGAAGAAACCCGGAGUUUGACUGAAACUAACGACUAAAUAAAGUUAAAACCGACCUAAAAAUGGGAGUUCCAGCAUUCUUUCGCUGGCUGAGCCGGAAGUACCCGAGCGUUAUCAUCGAGUGCAACGAGAAUAAGCAGGUGGACCCGGACACCGGGCGCAAUAUUUAUGAGGACGCGACAAAGCCGAAUCCGAAUGGGAUAGAGUUCGACAACCUCUACCUGGAUAUGAACGGCAUUAUUCAUCCGUGUACGCAUCCGGAGGACAAGCCGGCGCCGAAGAACGAGGACGAGAUGAUGGUGGCCAUCUUCGACUGCAUCGACCGCCUGUUCGGAAUCGUGCGUCCACGGAAGCUGCUCUACAUGGCCAUCGACGGGGUGGCUCCGCGUGCCAAGAUGAACCAGCAGCGGUCGCGUCGGUUCCGGGCGGCCAAGGAGACCACCGAGAAGCGACUGGAGAUCGAGCGGAUACGCGAGGAGCUGCUUAGCCGCGGCUGCAAGCUGCCGCCGGAGAAGGAGAAGGGCGAGCACUUCGACUCCAACUGCAUUACGCCGGGCACCCCGUUCAUGGACCGGCUGAGCAAGUGCCUGCACUACUACGUCCACGAUCGGCUGAAUAACAACCCUGCCUGGAAGGGCAUCAAGGUGAUACUCUCGGACGCCAAUGUGCCCGGCGAGGGUGAGCACAAGAUCAUGGACUAUAUCCGCAAGCAGCGCGCCCAGCCGGAUCAUGAUCCCAACACGCAGCACGUCCUGUGCGGAGCCGAUGCCGAUCUCAUCAUGUUGGGUUUGGCAACCCACGAGCCCAACUUUACUAUCAUUCGGGAGGAGUUUCUGCCGAAUAAGCCGCGUCCUUGCGACAUCUGCAACGGGUUUGGCCACGAGAUGGACAAGUGCGUAGGCCUGGGAGCCACGGCCCCGACGGGCGCCAACUUCAAGCCCGAUGUUCCCAUCGGUGCCGAGGUGAAGUUCAUCUUUGUGCGGCUGAGCGUGUUGCGAGAGUACUUGAAGCAGACGCUCGAGAUGCCGAGCCUCCCCUUUGAGUACAGCUUUGAGCGCGCCCUGGACGAUUGGGUCUUUAUGUGCUUCUUUGUGGGCAACGACUUUUUGCCCCAUCUUCCCAGUCUUGAGAUCCGAGAGGGUGCAGUUGAUCGGCUCGUGGAGCUGUACAAGAAGUGCGUCUACAAGACGAAGGGCUAUCUCACCGACUCGGGGGAUGUCAAUCUGGACAGGGUGCAAUUGAUAAUGACCGAUUUGGGCAAUGCCGAGGACCAGAUCUUCAAGAGUCGCCAGCGACGCGAGGAACAGUUCAAGGCCAGGGACAAGGCGCGCAAAAGGCAGGAAAGGAAUCAGGACCACAGGUCUCUAGAUCAGUCGGCGUUCGGGGCCAGCGCCGUGGGACCAAACAGCCAGCAAAAGAGCAUUGGCAAUUACAAGGAGGAAGCCGCUGCCCUUCGGAACAGAAAGCGGACAAGUGACCAGGCCGAUUUGGAUGACGAAGAUGAGGAGGAGAACAACGACGAGGUGCGGUUGUGGGAGGAUGGAUUUAAGGACCGCUACUACGAGUCCAAGUUCGAUGUGGCACCGGGAAACCAGCAGUUCCGCUACGCCGUAGCUUUGCAGUACGUCCGGGGAUUGUGCUGGGUGCUGAAGUACUACUACCAGGGCUGUGCCUCCUGGAACUGGUACUUCCCAUACCACUAUGCCCCAUUCGCAUCGGAUUUCGUUAACAUCCAGGGUUUGUCCACCAUUUUCGAAAAGGGCACAAAGCCUUUCAAUCCUCUGGAGCAACUGAUGGGUGUCUUUCCGGCAGCCAGUAGCUCGCACGUGCCCGAACCUUGGGCACAGCUCAUGUCCAACCCGGAGUCGCCGAUCAUUGACUUCUAUCCCGAGGACUUCAAGAUCGAUCUGAAUGGCAAGAAGUUCGCCUGGCAGGGAGUGGCCCUGCUGCCCUUCGUAGAUGAGAAGCGGCUCUUCAAGGCUUUGGUUCCCUACUAUGAUCAACUGACGGGAGAGGAGGUGAAGCGCAACAAGCGGGGCGACAAUUACCUGUACAUCAGUAACGAGAGUCCGCACUUCAAGAAGGUCAAGAAAAUAAGCGAUAAAUCUGAUGAGAGUGUGUGCAAAGCCAUCUCCUUUGACGGAAUGCGAGGCACAUUGGGAAAGACCGAGCUAAACACUGCCAUCAGCGGCAUUCUGAGGUCACCGAUCUCCGGACUCUCGGACAUCAAUGAAAACACCACUGUGACGACCACCUUCAAGGAUCCGGAGUACGAUGAUGAUUACAUCUUCGAGGCAAAGCGUUUGGAAAACGCCGUGGAUCCGCCACAGGUGCUGCCCAACGAACAGACUGGUCAAAAGCAUCGUCCAGUCAUCGGUUUCAAUAGCCAUUUGACCAGGGCCUACGUUCCGGACAGCGGUCAUCGCAUGGUAAAUGCCGGAAUUAGAAACGCUCAGGGCGGAGGAGGUUACGGCCAAGGAGGUGGCUACAACCAGGGCGGAGGAAGUCAGGGACAGGGCUAUCAGAACAACAGCCGCAACUAUAACUACAACUACAAUAACAACUACAACCAGCAGCAGCAGCAUCAGGGUGGCGGAUAUCAAGGCAACAAUAACUACAAUAACCGACAGCAAUAUGGCCAGAAUCAGAGAUACAACCAGGAUAAUUCCAAUCAGCAGCGCAACUAUAACAACUACAAUGGUCCAAGGAAUAACAACUACCAGCAACAGGGCGGCAACAGGCAGCAGAACCAGAACCAGAACUAUAGGAGAUUUUAGGUAGACCAUACAUACAAUUUAAUAUGUAGCAGAUCUUAAAAGUUUAAUCCGAGUUCAUUUUUUACAAAAUACUUUAAUAAAAACAAAAAAUAGUCGUUAAGGAUUUCCAGACAAA